GUCUGCUGUCCACUGUCUGGCGCAUCCGAGCGUACCAGGAACACAUAUAUAUAGGAGUGAUGGCGGGACGAGAAGAAGGGCGUAUAUUGGAGAGUCCGUUCCCACAUGUUGAUGUACCCGACGUUUCGGUGACCGAUUUUCUCGAUCAAUACUCUUGGUUCAGCCAGAGACCAGAUGCAAUAGCUCUGAUUGGUCGCUGGGUUGGACAGCCUCAUGAGAGCAAUGAGUGGAGGCUGUCGUACAGAGAGCUGCGGGAGACCGUGAGGAGAGUAGCUAGCGGUCUGGCCCGGCGUGGCCUCAGGAAAGGUGACGUCGUGUUGGCGCAUAGUUCCAACUGUCCUGAGUACUUGAUCCUCGUGCUAGCAGUUUACUCUCUAGGGGCUGUUAUGACGCACGGGUUGCCUGGAUGUCUUACAGAGGAGAUACUUUAUAAGCUGGAUAUUGCAAAGUUCUGUGGCACUGUCAAGUUCUACGUUGUAGCUAGUGACCUGCUCACAACAGCGAAGGAAGUACUCCAAUCUCAUGGAAAGAACAUGAUCCCGAUUUUAAUUGGGAAUGCAGUGGAUAAAGAUUUCAUACCUUUUACUGAUUUGCUGGAAGACAACGGCGACUCAUUUCCUAAAGACAACCGUGUUGAAUCCGGGGACUUGGCUGCCGUGCUAUAUUCCAGCGGAACAACUGGUCCACCAAAGGGAGUACCUUGGACUCACAAACAACUCGUGGCUCAGAUGAGCGUGCGGAGCAUUAACGUCAGAGAAGAGGAUGUAUUUCUACUAUCGGUUCCUCUAGCACAUGUUGGUGGCACAGUAUUACCACUAAACGGUUUUAGUCACGGUGCUGCAUUCCUAGCCAUACCUUACCUCAGCACUCCUGAGCACUACAGCAAAGCUGUUAACAAGCACAAGGUCACUUUUCUGUUUUGCAUCCCUCCAAUGAUCGUGAGCUUAGUAAAGAAUCGCUAUGAUCUGCCAACGCUGCAACGAUGUGACACAGGUGGCAGCACCUGCGGCCCAGGAUUUCUCAAAGAAGCUAAAAUUACAUAUCCAGGAGUCACCAUUAACGCUAGCAUCUACGGAAUGACUGAAUGCGGGGCUAUCAUAACCGCCUCACAGGGAUUCGAAGCAGCAAGCAACAAACGCGGAUGUCUUAUAGGAAACCCUGUCGCUAACUCACAAGCCAAGGUGGUGGACUCGAUCACCAAGGAGCUGCUUCCGUGUGGAUCAGCAGGAGAGCUGUGCCUCCGUAAUCCAUAUAUAAUGCGCGGCUACAUCAACAACCCUGAGGCAACGGCACGCACCAUUGACAGCGAUGGUUGGCUACACACGGGAGACCUCGCACAGUACGAUGACGAUGGCUUCAUCUACAUCAUCGACAGACUAAAGGAUAUCAUCCGGAUUGUACACGAUAAAACAAUUACUAUUCAGGUGUCGCCUUCAGAAGUAGAGGAUAUGCUAAUGCGUCAUCCGGGAGUAGGAGACGUUGCUGUUGCUGGCAUCCCAGAUCCAGACAACGAAGGAUACGAACUAAUCCGAGCUUUCGUCGUCCGUAGAACAGAUGAGGUAUCUGCAGGAGAUCUGGUCGAUUUUGUAAAAGAGAAGACGCCGAGAAAGAACGUCACACUAACAGGAGGUGUGCGCUUUAUAAAAAACGUACCAAAGAACACAGUCGGCAAAAACAUGCGCAGUGAACUUCAAGCUCAGCCUUUCGAGUAAUUCUCCUUAUAGCAACGCACAAUGGUGCUGCUAGUGGCACCAGUUAUCAGUAUUCUUAAUGAGGGAGCAGUGGUAUAAUCAGAACACGAGAUUGGACUAUUUUAAUUAUCAGUGAUUGGAAAAAUACAGAGAUACAUUUUUCGUAAUUUUAGAAUAGAUGUCAGUCGGAACGCAGGGAUGGCCUUGAAACAUUUCGUGGGCAGAUCGAUGACAAGGUCUGAGGGAAGCUUGACCAUUUCUUCCAUAAUAGCCACUUCAUAUAAUAUUAUGUACGGUUAAUAAUGGUAUGGACACCAGUAAGCCAUUUUUAACAGUAAAUAUGAUUAAUUGUCUAGGAAAUGCUAGUGCAAUUUCCUGGGAUCUAGGAAUUUUGAUUUUAACUAACCGGGAACUGGGGAAACGGCAUAUUUUUACCUGGGAAACUAGGAAUGGACCCCCCUCCCAUUCCCACUCUUCAUGACCAUCCUGUGUACUUUCAUAGUUUUACUCCAUUUAUUUUUCUCUAAUGUUUCGUGAUCUUAAGCUAUUAGAAAUGGUGGUGCUUAAUUAGGGUUAGGGUUAGGGUUAGGGUUAGGGUUUUUUAGAACACAGAUCACGAAAAUUAGAACACAGAUCACGUAACAAGUUACGAUAUUUUAGACUAAUAAUGCCAUAACUUUAUGAUGUUUCUAACAACAGGCUCCAUGGUGAUAGGAUAUCUAGCGGCUAAGGGUAGGACGAUUGUGGCAGCCCAGAGGGCAUUACCAUAAUCAAGUGCCAUGAUUUGGCAAACUAACUGUGGUUUUUUAUCGAAUAAUCUGACUGCAUUUAUUACAGCUAAAAGUAUAGUCGAAAACUAUAUAUCAAUAAAGUUCGUAUGCACACCUUUUAUAACGAAUAUAUAAUUUUUAAUUCAGUAUUAUUGGUAGGAAUAAAUAAAUCUUAUGUACGUUGUUAGCUCUACUGAUGUAGCCCCUUCGCUCCCACUACAUGGUACAACUGUGGUGGGAGUAGAGGGAAGAGGCUACACCGGUAGAGCUUAAUUGUACGUUGUCUGCGCUCAACGUUUGGAAAAGGCUGGUCAACAUUGUUUGUGAAUUAUUUUUUUCUAUAAAUUUGUCGCAACAUUAUCGAAUGGCUGAUUUCCACAGAAAAUAUAAAAUGCAGACUACAUGUUACUCACUAGUUGAAAAUAAAUAUACUUUACAUUUUUAUUUUGAAAUAAAUAUGUUUUAAUUUUAA